CCCCCCCCCCCCCCCAUUGACAAGAACACCUUUGGGUUACGGACGUUUACGGCGGAUUAGUUGUUCGGUUGCGAAUCUAUCUGUUGAGGUGAAGGGCCACUUCCGCACGCUCUUCGUCGCGGUAAUCGUGAGGAGCGGUUUGGAGGUACGUGCGUCUGCAUGUCUGACGACAACCGUCGUUGACAACUGCUUCCGCUUGGGGCUCGACGGUUCUGCCCAUUUUUCACGCCGAGUCGAUCUUUCCCUCCCAAGUCAUGUGCGUGCGUGGUUGUCGAAUUUCGCUGUUCAUCUCCGUCUGUUGUGCAUGACAUUUUGGAAGAUGGCAAGCGGAAAUAAGCGCGACAACACGCGCCCCGCUGUCGCGGGUGCUCUACGCAAAGUUGCAAACACAUUCGACCUCUUGCACCCUGUCAUUCACGGACCACAGCGGCGUAUGUGACUCCGACAACGUGCGACGAAGAAAUUCAAAGGCCCAAGUUCAAAAGGACGAGUCGAACCACUUGAGCUACGACAGGUCGAUGGAGCCUUGGGACUGACUCAGCGUAGCGCUUCACCCGGCCCCCGCCCCCGCUGCGUGGUCGCGGCCGGAAGCGUCUUGUGAGCCGUAAUGCUGAACCGCAAGCCCCCCCCCCACAACCUCCCGGUAGGUCGCUCGCCCGCGGAACCUCCGACGUUGAGGUCUCCCACGUGGCUGCAAACACUGUCCAUCCCAUGUACCGGGACGGGCUGAGAGUUGCCGCCCCCGCCACGACCACCCCCUCCCCCGGCGGCACGCCCGCCGCCGCGACCACCUCCGUCUUGGGCUACGUUGCCGCGUCCGCGCUGGCAGUUGUCGUUGCGACCAGGGAAUCGGGAACGCUGCCGGGGGCCAAGGUUCUUCUUCGGAGCACCAGCUUGCCGGGUCACCUGCCGCGGGGGCAGGAGGUCGCCCUUCGAAAUCUCUGACCAGAUCGGAAGUACGACGGGAUAGUCGGGGU